CACUUAUCUUCAACUUCAUUUCUAUUUCAGUUGUCAUACACAGCCAUGGCUAAUACUCCCAACAUUCUGCGUCUCAUCUCUCUCUUCCAACUUUUCUUCAUUGCACCCUCUUUCGCUCAGCAAUCUUUCAGACCCAAAGCCCUCGUUGUCCCCGUUACAAAACAUGCAUCAACUCUUCAAUACGUAACUCAAAUCAACCAAAGAACUCCCCUUGUCCCACUAAACCUUGUGCUUGACAUCGGAGGCCAAUUCCUCUGGGUCGACUGCGACACCAAUUACGUCUCCUCCACUUACCGCCCUGCACGGUGCCGCUCCGCCCAGUGCUCCCUCGCCAGAUCCACCUCCUGCGGGGACUGCUUUUCCGCCCCCAGACCCGGCUGCAACAACAACACGUGCGGCCUCACGCCGGACAACACCAUCACCCACACCGCUACCUCCGGCGAGCUUGCUGAAGAUACCGUCUCCCUCCAAUCCACCAACGGCUUCAACCCGGGACGAAACGUCACCGUUUCCCGCUUCCUCUUCUCCUGCGCCUCCACCUUCUUACUCCAAGGUCUCGCCACUGGAGUCUCCGGCAUGGCAGGUCUCGGCAGGACGAAAAUCGCACUUCCCUCACAGUUCGCUUCCGCGUUCAGCUUCCACAGGAAAUUCGCCGUCUGCCUCUCCUCUUCCAAAGGCGUCGCUUUCUUCGGCGACGGCCCUUACGUUCUACUCCCCAACAUCGACGCCGCUCAGUUACUCACCUUCACCCCUCUGUUAGUCAACCCCGUCAGCACCGCAUCCGCUUUCUCCCAGGGAGAACCCUCCGCCGAGUAUUUCAUCGGCGUGAAAUCCAUCAGAAUCGACGAAAAAGCCGUGCCCCUUAACACGACUUUGCUAUCCAUAAACAGCGAAGGCGUUGGCGGAACCAAGAUCAGUUCCGUUAACCCCUACACCGUGUUGGAGGCUUCGAUCUUCAAAGCAGUGACGGAAGCUUUUGUAAAAGCGUCUGCUGCGAGGAAUAUAACGAGGGUGGCUGGUGUGGCACCGUUUGAAGUGUGUUUCAGCAGUGAGAACGUGGUGGGCACUCGGUUAGGGGCGUCGGUGCCAACCAUUGAACUUGUUCUCCACAACCAGAAGACGAUUUGGAGAAUUUUCGGAGCGAACUCGAUGGUGAGUGUGAGCGAUGAGGUACUUUGUCUCGGGUUUGUGAAUGGUGGUGAGAAGCCGAGCACUUCGAUUGUGAUUGGUGGGUAUCAACUUGAGAAUAAUCUCUUGCAGUUCGAUUUGGCCGCUUCAAGGUUGGGUUUCAGUUCUUUGCUCUUUGGAAGCCGAACUACAUGCGCAAACUUCAACUUUACCUCCACUGUCUAAAAGAAACCUUUCUAUAACUACCAUUAUCUCAUUUUCAUCCAUAAUAAAUGCUAGCUGUUGAAUUUGAGUAUGCAUAGUUUCGUGUAGACAGCUAUAAGUUUGAACAUUUUAUUUAGAUUUUUUCU